GAAUUUCAACUUUGACCCGUGGAACAGGCUCAUAUGCGCAUACAAAAACGCACAUACUUAGCUACGGUAAACACUGUUGAAAUAUUUAUCAAGGUAGCUAUUGACAACUUUUGACCAUUCCUGUUGGAUAUUUACACCUUGCGCCAAUCUUAUUGGAAAGUUGGAAUAAUGACCCACAUCUCAAACAAGAGAGGAAUUGAAUUUAUAGAUCUCCUGCUCAACCAGUCAGACGGAACCCUCAGCUGCCAUGGUAACCAUCCCUGGCAAAUCACAUCACCCGAGUCGCUGAGCCAAGAAGGUGGCGGUGAUGACUUCCUGGAUACUCUGUUAGGUGGCACUGACUCAUCGUCUGCCCCCCUCCCCCAUGUGGCCCUACUCCCCCAGCGACAGUGGCAUCAGUGAGGACCCCAACUCUGGCUCCGAUCACCUGGACAGCCGUAACCCGCCCUCCAGCUCCCCCUUCCAUGCCUUCGACCAAGCCCAUCUGCCUAACCUCCACUCUAACCUCACCAGGUCUGCACUGCACUGCCUGGCACCUGAUGUCUCCAUCAACUUAGAUGGAUGGGAGUCUGGCCUCUUCCAAGAGAGCAAUGGGGAUACCCACAACCCCCAGCUGCCCUCUGGUUACCAUCUCACUGUCAAGGACCUGCUGCUGUCUGGAAUAAGAGAGACGAAUUCCCUGCAGGACGUGGUCCUUAACGAGGACGAGAAGAAGCUGCUGGCUAAAGAGGGUGUCCACCUGCCCAGCCAACUGCCCUUUACCAAGUACGAGGAGAGGGUCCUGAAGAAGAUCCGCAGGAAGAUCCGCAACAAGCAGUCGGCCCAGGAGAGCAGGAAGAAGAAGAGGGAGUACGUAGAUGGUCUGGAGGGCAGGAUGGAUGCCUGUAGUAAACACAACCUGGCGCUACAGAGGAAAGUCCACCAACUGGAAGAAACCAACACUUCUCUGUUGGAGCAGCUGGCCAGGCUACAAAUUCUUCUACCUAAUGGCUCCAGUAAGACUGCCCAGAAAGCGACCUGCAUCCUGCUGCUGCUCCUCUCUUUCUCUCUCCUCCUCUCUCCCAGUCUGCAGCCUGACCCACACAGCCAUGUCAGCCAGGAGGGAGACUUCAGCAAGGAUAGGGAGAGAUCUCGUUCCCUGCUGGCGGUGGUGGACACAGAGAUAUCACCCCCACCUGUCUUCUCAGUGGCUGGGUGGGUGGAGGCCCUGUCAACCCUGGUGGGUAAGCUCCGACUCAGGCCAGAGUACGCCGACUCAGACCCUCAAACCAACCACAACCAUGACCACAACUAUGACUACAACCACAGCCUCUGACCACACUAUCGCAAACGCAAUCUCAACCACGCAGAUACGGAGCUCCUUCCUAACCAACACCACUGACUUCCUACUCAAUCACUAGGCUACUGUAGCACCGCCAGCUCUAACACACUUGAUUCAGCUAAUUAGGGUCUUGAUCAGUGGUUAAUGAGUUAAAACACAUUGUUAGCUCCCCAGGACCAGGGUUGGUGGCCACUGCCUUAGAGAACCAUACUACUAUGUAUUAAACAGUUGAUGGAAUCAACUGAGCCUCUGUACCCAACCUGAAAUCAGAGCCAUAAGUAGGACAUUUUACAAAAAUGUGUGUACCUCCAUUUAGUAUGAUAUGUAAUGUUAUGUUACAUAACAGAUCAUACUAAAUGGAGGGACACAAAGAAAUGUCCGAAAUCAUAUGAAUUGUCCUGAGGCUAGGUUGCUGAAUCCUAAUAGGUGGGGUAAUCCAUUAUAGAUAUCAUGUAAUAUAUUGAUUUACUGAAUAAUGUGGCUAUUGAACAAUAUUCACCUACUUGUUUUUUUUUACUUACUUGACUUACUGUACUUUCAUAGAAUUUUUUAUUUAAGUUUCAUUGACAAACUCAAUAAAAAAAGUAUUUUUAAAAAGGUUUCCCUAACACUGCAUCAGUCUGUAGGACAUGUUUGUUUUCCAUGUAGUCAUGGGAAAGGUGUAAAUGUAGUUAUUUUAUAAAGACGUGUAUUUGUAUUUGAUGUAUUUGUUUAUGAAGCAGAGCUGUGAUUUGCCUGAUGUCCCUAUAAUACAGACAAGCAGAGAAAAACAAUGUGGUUAACAAGAAUAA